CACAGAGCUGAGCCUGAGACCUGACCCCCAGGCACCCAAUGAGCUUCUGAUUCUCACUACUGAACUCUCCAAAAACCAAAAUACGAUAACAUUAACAACCUCCCUCCUCUCUCUCGCUCUUAUCUCUCUGGUUCGUUCGUUUGUCUCAAUAUUUGAUUCGAUCGUCAUCCCCCUCUAAAAAAACCCUAAAAAUAAAUAUAAAUGGGUUGCACGAUGAGGGAAAAGCACAUCAGAGCUAAUCGGAGGUCUCGAUCGGCGAAAACGGAUUCGGAUUCAUGCGACGGGGAUGCCAUAUCCAAAUCCAUAGCCGAGUCUGGUCUCAAGCCCUUUAAAUUUCUUAACGAUUCUUCUCAGAAUCAGAAUCCUAACCCGAACCCUAAUCUCGAGGAAACUGGAUGGGGUUACUGCACCGAAGAGCAAUUGGAAGAGAUCCUGUUGAAAAACUUGGAAUUCAUAUACAAAGAAGCUGUGUCAAAGCUUGUUGCUUUGGGCUAUGAUGAGGACGUUGCCGUGAAAGCCAUAUUGCGAAAUGGGCACUGCUAUGGUGGCAUGGAUGUGCUGACAAAUAUCUUGCACAACUCCUUAGCGUUUUUGAAUAGCAAUGGUGUUGGUAAUAAUGGGAAUUUGGAUGAGUCUGAGCCUGUGUUCUCUGACUUGAGGCAGUUAGAGGAGUACUCUUUGGCGGGUAUGGUGUGUUUGUUGCAACAAGUGAGGCCUCAUUUGAGUAAAGGUGAUGCCAUGUGGUGUUUGCUCAUGAGUGAUCUUCAUAUGGGAAGGGCUAGCACUAUGGAAAUUCCGGUGCCCGGCAACGGUUGCCCUGUUCCUGCUGCUGUUGAGGCUGGUGGCAAUUCAGUUGGUGUUAUGGCUCCAGCUCUGUGUAGGUUUCAUGGUGGUUGGGGAUAUGGAAAUGGGGGAGGCUUGGAUUCUUCUGUGACUGGGUUCUUCUCUUGUGGUGCAGAGAAGAAUUUGCAGUUGCAAAGGGAUAUUGAAUUCCCCAAGAGGUUUAAUCUUUCUCCUUCCAUGAAGUCCUUAUUGAAGAGAAAUGUUGCUAUGUUUGCUGCUGGUUUUCGGGCAAACUCCCAACAAUUGCAGACACAGGUGAAGGCCUUUCCCGGCCGUAGUACCACCGUGUCUAAUCUGGAUUCUUUGGCUGUAUCGGGAACAGAAGUCUUGGUUGAGCAGUCUGGAGAUGCUAAGAAUCUUGAUAGCCAAGAUGCUGUCAACUCAGUGCUGAGUAAAUUUCGCGAUUUAAAUCUUGAUGAGAAUUUGGAGCUUGUGGCAGAGGAUCAGAAGGAUGAGGUGAUAGUCAAUUUAUUUCAUCAGAUUAAGGAUCUUGAGAAACAGGUCAAGGAGCGAAAAGAUUGGGCUCAUCAGAAGGCAAUGCAAGCAGCAAGAAAGCUAAGCAGUGAUCUGACUGAGCUCAAAAUGUUACGAAUGGAAAGAGAGGAGACUCAAAAAUUGAAGAAAGGGAAACAGGCACUUGAGGAUACAACCAUGAAGAGACUCUCAGAGAUGGAGAAUGCCUUGAGAAAGGCUAGUGGUCAAGUGGACCGUGCAAAUGCAGCUGUGAGAAGACUAGAGACAGAGAAUGCAGAAAUCAAAGCAGAGAUGGAGGCUUCCAAAUUAAGUGCAUCAGAGUCAGUAACAGCUUGUUUAGAAGUUGCAAAAAGGGAGAAAAAAUGCUUGAAGAAACUUCUAGCUUGGGAAAAACAGAAAGCUAAACUACAGCAGGAGAUUUCUGAUGAAAAAGAGAAGAUAUUGGAGACACAAGAAGCAUUGGUUCAGAUUAGACAGCGUCAAAAAGAAGCUGAGGUCAAAUGGAAGGAGGAAUUGAAGGCUAAAGAGGAAGCAUUAGCACUAGUUGAGGAGGAACGCCGUUCUAAGGAAGCAGCUGAGUCUAAUAAUAAGAGGAAGCUCGAGGCUUUACGCCUGAAGAUAGAGAUAGAUUUCCAGCGGCACAAGGAUGAUCUAUUAAGAGUUGAGCAGGAGCUUUCGCGCCUUAAAGCAUCUGCUCAGUCUGCUGACUUGCAUCACCAGUCAAGUACUUCACCUAUAACUGAAUCUGAAGGUGCAUUGCCUCAAAGAGAUACAAUUGCUAAGCUGCUUCAAGAAUUAGAUAAUUUGGAGGAUUUUUCAGAGAAAGAAGUGAAUAGCAACAGAGAAUGCAUUAUAUGUAAGAAAGAUGAAGUCUCCAUUGUUUUCUUGCCGUGUUCACACCAAGUUAUGUGUGCUAGUUGCAGUGAUGAGUAUGGAAGAAAGGGUAAGGCUGUUUGUCCUUGCUGCCGGGUUCAAAUCCAACAGAGAAUCCGUGUAUUUGGGGCAAGUUCGUAGCUUAUUUUAAAGUAAUUUUUCAAUGGGACCUGGGCAGGUAUAUGCCAUGAAUUUUUAUGUAACUUUGGAGUUAAUGUUGAGACUUCUCGUCUCUAAUCUCAUAUUGCAUGCUGUGAGUCGUGAGCAUUGUCAGGACUUGUUAUUAGUAUGUUAAUAAAAACUAAGUCCUAGCAAUAGCUUCUCUCUUGGAAUGUCUAAAAUUUUAUUAGUUGCUGCCGUUGGCUUGAAAAUAUGAAAUAAGUGGC